AUGGCACACGUGAAUCUUGAAAGCCAGAACCGCCAGGCGCGCGAGACCGGAAAUAUAUCUGCCCUGGUUGCACUGGAUGUUGCUAAGGGUUAUGACAGCGUGGAGCACAGCGUCCUUCUCCACAUAAUGGCUUCCGUGCGCGUCCCACCCUGCAUCAUCUCCUGGGUCGACAGCCUCCUUACUGGGAGGUGGAUCUUCUGUUCCGAUGGGCGCUUUACCUCCUCGCAGCAAGCUCAACACAGAGGCGUGCACCAAGGCUCCGUCGUGUCACUCUUGCUUUUUAAUAUCCUGAUGAGCUCUCUGCCCAUAGACCAGGACAUCCUCACCAUAACCUACGCUGAUGACCUAGCCUUCUUUGCCUCUUCCCCGUCGCUGCUACUGCUAUAUGAGAAGCUGCAAGCGUGUCUAAACGCACUUACCGCCUGGAUGCGCUCCGUUCACCUCUCGCUGAACGUUCAGAAGUGUGCGGUGCUCCUUUUCACCCCCACUAGUUGCCCUUCGAGCCCUGUGACCAUCGACCUCAAGGUUGCUCCCGAGUCCAUCCGCCAGACGAACCUGCUGAAAUAUCUCUAUGUCUGGUAUGAAGAAUAUUUUGACUGGGCCCACCAUCCUGAAGUCGUCAGCCUGAAAGCUGCGAAGGCAUGCAGCAUUCUCCGUCGCUGCUCCAGCACCCGUAUCGGGAUGCGCAGAAACGCCCUCCUGUUUGUUUUCAAGGGCUACAUCCGCCCUGUCCGGCUACGUUCUUUUCUCCCACCUCCCUGA